GGCGUAUUUUGUAUUGAUAUAUAAUAUUUAAAGAUAAAUUUUGAAAACUCAAUUAUGAACCGAACAGAGGCCACUUUAGAGGACCUUAAAUCCUACUUCCGAAGUCACAGCAAAAUCCGUGAGCAACGGGCGCACAUGUCCAAGGUUCAUUCAGUUUGCUGGAAUGCAGACGGGCGUCACUUGGCAUCCGGGUCCUUUGACAAGACGGUAGCGGUUUAUAGCUUAGAGCGGGAUCGCUUUAUUAAGGGAAGUGUAUAUCGCGGCCACACAGCAUCCGUAGAUCAAUUGUGCUGGCAUAAAAGUAAUCCGGAUUUGUUCAGCACUGCCAGCGGCGAUAAAACAGUGCGAAUGUGGGACAUCCGUGUUGGCUGUGUGUCCGUUACAAACACAAAAGGUGAAAAUAUAAAUAUUGCAUGGUCGCCAGAUGGCAAGACGAUUGCUGUCGGCAACAAGGAGGAUUUGAUCACGUUCAUUGACACGCGUACAAACAAAAUACGCGUUGAGGAGCCAUUUAGUUUCGAAGUCAAUGAAAUAUCCUGGAACAACACCAAUGAUCUAUUCUUUCUAACCAACGGCAUGGGCUGCAUGCACGUUUUAAGCUAUCCAAGUCUGGAGCAUCACAUUACUCUGAAGGCGCAUCCGGCGAAUUGCAUUUGCAUUGAAUUCGGACCCACAGGUAAAUACUUCGCAACAGGCUCAGCAGAUGCUCAGGUGUCGCUGUGGGAUGCCAAUGAGUUAGCGUGUCUGCGCAUGAUUAGCCGGUUGGAAUGGCCAGUUCGUACAAUCUCGUUUAGUCACGACGAGCGAUUGAUUGCAUCGGCUAGCGAAGAUCUACUCAUCGACAUUGCGUACACAGAGACAGGCGAGCGUGUCACAGAUAUUCACGUCGACGCAUCUACGUUUACUGUAGCGUGGCACCCAAAGCAAUAUUUGCUGGCGUAUGCCUGCGACGAAAAGGAGCUUAAUCGUCGUGAUCGGGAUGCAGGCAAUGUUAAAAUAUAUGGUUUUCCCGAAUAGAUAUAAGCAGAAUCACAUUCAACACACAUUUUUAUACCAUUUUUCCCGCCCAAAAUAUACGGCUGUAAAUGCGCUGCA